AUGAAAAAACCUCGUUUCUCCGGGAUCUUCCGCUUUGCCAGCCGAGCGGAUAUCCCGCUUCUUUCGGUGGGGUCGAUUUUGAUCACAUUGUCAGCGGUUGCUUCGCCCAUGCAGACCCUUAUUUACGGCAAGGUCUUCGACCGGCUCGCUCGGUAUAUGACAGGCGGGUUUGAAUCUGUCGAGGCAUUCUUGGCUGAGUUGCGAGUACUCAUUGGAGCUAUGAUGGCGGUUGCUGGCGGUCGCCUUUUAUUUGCAUGGCUCGGAAUCACAGUGUGGUUGAUCGUGGGGGAGAACACACAGAUGAACGCCAGAAAGUCUCUCUUUGAGUCGCUUUUGCACAAGGAUAUCGAGUGGCUUGGCACUAAGGAAAACCUUAUUGGGUCUCUCACAGUGUUCUUUCGCUGUAUCGAGGAAAUCCGCAGCGGAAUUUCCGAGAACUUGGGGCUUUUCGUACAGACGGUGGCUUCGGUAUGCUGUCUCUUUGUGAUCGCCAUGAUCUCCCUGUGGUCAUUGACACUCGUGAUUUGCUGCCUGAUUCCGCUCUCAGCGCUUUCCAGCUGGGUUUUCGGAAACCUCACGUCCAAAUACGCCACGCAGGAAAACCUCCUCAAUGCCCGAGCCCUGAAGAUCUUGGACUGGUGUUUUAUGUCCGGCGCCACCGUGCGUGUUCUCAACGGCAAGUUUGCUGACCUAGUAGAAUUCAGCAGGGUUGUGGACGCGUCUGCGGUGGCGUUCACACACAUGGCGUUUGCCAUCAGCGCAAAUACUGCGGCGCUCAAAUUGAUGAGCAAUUUGGUGGUGAUUGGCGGGCUUGCUUUCGGACAGCAUUUGGUAAGCACCGGCCAGCUAGGACUCGGGAACGUGAUCACGGCGUUCAGUGCCUGCGUGCUUUUUGGCACCGAGAUCUCGUCAGUGGGCGACAUUGUGGCGCUUCUCAACAAGGCCCAGGCCAGUUCGAACACCAUCGAUACUUUAGACUUCGGCGAUCCGCUGGACGUGCCCCCGCCAUUGCAUCUGGCGGCCAGCGAGGUUUCCUGUUUCAGCCAGAAGACGCCCUGUGCAGAUCUACAAUUGCACAGCCUCGGUUUCCGUUACCGCAACACUGAUGUGGAUGUGCUUGCAGACGUAAGCAUGGAAUUCCACUCGACCCAGUUGAACUUUCUCGUGGGCGAGUCCGGGUCGGGCAAGUCGACCGUGGCGCUGCUUCUUGCCGGGUUCUUGGAGAAGACCCAGGGCGACAUUCUGGUGGAUGGCGUGAGUUACGAUUGCUUGGACCAAGCCUGGUUCACAGAAAACGUGUGUUUUGUCGAACUGCACCCGUUGGUGUUCGAACGGCUGCUCGCCGAGAACUUGCUCUUGGGCACGGAGCUCGACCCCAGGGCCCCAGGCACCAAGACGCUUCUAGAGGAAGCAUGUGAGUUUGCCGACUUGCUGGGCUUUCUCGCGCUGCUCCCGCUCAAAAUGAACCUGGUCUUGCUCUCCAGCAAGCUCUCGGGCGGACAGAUCCAGAAGAUCGGGUUGGCCCGAGCGUGGCUUGCCAACCGGCCCGUGGUGGUUUUGGACGAGGCCUUAGGCUCCAUCAAUUCCAAGGCCAAGCUGGCGAUCAUGGACCGCAUCCGGGCCUGGCGCCGCGGCUCGCUCACCAUCAUCGUCACGCACGAUCUCACGGACUUGCAGCGCCACGACGCGGUGUGGGUGUUGGAGAAGGGCCGUGUCAAGUCAAGCGGCCGGGCGGCAGACAUGCGGGACGUGCUCCCGAAACUCGAGAUGAUGCCCAAAACAAGGUCAGACUCGAAGAGCGACGAUGACGACACUGGGACCGUUCUGGACGCCCCGCCGUCUUACCACUACAUGAGCAAUCCUGCGGUUCUCCGCGACCUCGAGCUGGCGCUGGACGCCGGCCCCGUCUCUGUCCAGCGCACCGAGGCCAUGGGACUCUUUGCCAUCGUGCGGUUCUGCUACAGAACCACUGAAAACAAGUUUCUCAUCACGUUCGGACUCGUGUGCGCCCUCCUAGGCGGCGUGGCCACGCCGGGCCUCUCAUACUGCUUUGCCGAGGUGCUCUCGAUCAUCGUCCAGAAUGCCGUGGUGCAAACGUCCGGCCCCGGGGCGGUGGUCACGUGGGCGUUGAUCAUCGUGGGCGUGUCGGUGGCGGAUCUGGCCGUGACGUUCGGCUCGCACAUGCUGCUCCAGUAUGCGCUGGAAAAAUGGAUCCUCAAGCUCCGCAAGCGGUGUCUUGCGCGCAUCAACGACCAGGACAUGGCGUUCUUCGGCACGGCCAGCGCCAGCUACUUGAACACGCUCCUCAUGAACGACACGCGCGACUUGCGCAACCUCGUGUCGCAGUUCUUGCUGGGCCUCUUGUUGGUGGUGUCGCUCACGGGGCUAGGCCUCGUGUGGGCCGUGGCCAUCGGCUGGAAAUUGGCGCUCGUGGGCGUGGCCUUCGUGCCCCUCGUGUUCCUUGUCACCAUGACCUACAGCUUCUUGCUCCAGAAGUACGAGACCGCGUACAAGGACCACGUGGCCGACGCGGAGAAGUUCUCGCAUGAGGUCGUGGCCGCCAUGCGGACCGUGCGGCUGUUUGGCCUUGCGGCGCAGCUCGCUGACGAGCACCAGGCCAAGUUGCAGAGGUUGUAUGCGGCCGGGUGCCGGCGGGCGGUGUCGGGAGGCUUUGGCAUCGCGCUUUCCGAGCUCUGCUCGACGUCUGCCACGGCCACCGUGCUCUACUAUGGCAUGUACUUGGUGGUGCGCCAGGAGUACACGCAGACGCAGAUGAUUCAGGUGUUGACCAUGCUCACGUUCACGGUGGGCAGCGCCGCGUACCUCAUGAAGCUGCUUCCGGAAAUCACUCGAGGCCAGCGGGCAGGCACGUUGAUCACGCGGCUCUUGGCACUUGGCGAGCUGCCCGUGGAAUGCGGCGGGGCCGAGAAACGUGCCGCGAAAUCGGCGCCCGUGGUGGCCUUUGACAACGUGUGUUUCGCGUACUCCGAUGCCCUGAGCCACACGUACAAGGCCGUGCUUCAAAACACCACUUUUCUGGUGCUCGAAGGCGAGGCCGUGGUGGUGGCAGGCGAGUGUGGCUCGGGCAAAUCCACCAUUGCCCUGAUGAUGCUGCGGCUCUAUGCUCAAGACCGGGGAACCAUAUAUUACCACGGCAAGGACAUCCGCACGUACGACCCGGAAUGGUACCGCAGCCACGUGGCGCUCGUGAGCCAGGCGCCUGCGUUUUUCGAGGCCUCCAUUCUCGAGAAUCUCCUCUACGGCUUAUCCGGGUCUGCCCGGGCUUCGGCCACAGCCGUGCUCGAGGAUUGCUUGCGCGCCGCCAACGCGUCCGAAUUCAUCGAGAACCUUCCUGACGGGCUCGCCACGAUUUUGGGCCACGAAACGCUGUUUUCGCUGGGCCAGUUGCAGCGGCUCUCCAUCGCACGGGUUUUGCUCCGUAAACCCAAGGUGAUUGUUUUCGACGAGCCCACGUCGCGGCUUGAUGCGGAAAAUUGCGCCUGGGUGUCGUCGUUGAUCUUCUCCGACCUCCAUAAAUUCAACCCGCAACUCACCACAAUUGUCAUCAGCCACGACCCUAAAGUCAUGGCCCAGGCCUCACGGGUCUUGAUGGUGCAAAACGGCCAUAUUGCCGAGGACGGGGGUUUUCAUGAGCUUCUAGCGAGAGGCGGUGUCUUCGCACAGUUCAUGAAGUGA